AUGACAGAAAUGGAAUCUUCACGACGAGAGUUUCAGGAUGUUUCUCUGCUUAUCUCCAACGCGGAGGGGCCUCCCGCACCCGCAAACGUAACCCCGGCUCCCAAGGCCGGGAGGAAGCUCCCAGAAUGGUUGGAUCACUUCAACGCCCGUGAUCUGAAAGUGUUGUUUCGAUGCUCGCUCGCUGCGUGGAUAGCAGCGAUCUUGAUCUUCAUUAACCCGACUCUAAAUAUCAUUGGCACUGCGACUUUUUUUGCAACCCUGAUCCUCUUUAUGGUGCCUCCAACCGGCAUUGUUUUUUUUUUCCUGCUAGCAACCCUUACCCUCAUCAUUGGUAUGGGUUUGGGCUGGGCCUGGGGUGUCAUCGCCAUGAAGGCGGCUAUGGCAGCUAGACCGGCGGCUGAAACCGAGGCCAAGCUUCAAGCCCUAGGACAGGCGGCCUACAAUCAAGCCAAUGCCACUGGCCAGAGCUUGCCAGCUGUCCAGCAGGUCUUAGUUUACGACGGUUGGAUGCUUGACGCUCGUGUAACGGCUGUCUAUUAUUGUCUAAUUAAUCUGUUCAUCUAUCUCAUGGCUCGCGUCCGGGCAGCGAACCCGAAAUUCAUUCUGGUUCAGAUGUUCGCAACUAUCAUCGUCGAUGUCACCCUGACUAUUGGACCGUUGCUUCCAACUUUCAAUGGAACGAUUCCUAAGGUUUUGCUCGAACCGGCAGCCAUUGGAAUUGGACUGGGCCUAGUGUCUCAUUUUAUCUUCUUCCCUCGAUCUACCUCUCAUGUUGUGGUUGCGGAAAUGGAGGGACUGGUGCAGCUACUCAGAGGAACUCUGGACGCAACGGAGAACAGCCUCCUCAAAGGCCAGGACUUGACUCUACCAGAGCUGCACAAGAUCAAAGUCAAAUGUAUUGCUGCUUACAGAGACAUGGUGCCGUCCAUCGGAUUUUUACCGUUGGACUUCUCAGUCGGUUGGUGGGGUGCUGACGACGUCAAGAGCUUGAAGAAGCCACUUCGCCAGGCUUUGGUGAGUAGCUUGUCCUUGUUGGAAGUUCAAAUCGCCCGCAUUGGAGGAAAAGAGAAGUUGGAAAAACUAGAACAGCUUAUUCUCAAUCGAAAUUCGGACUCUGAUGUGGAUGAGAAGGCACACCCGCGCGAGGUUGGCAUGCGCCAGCUGAUGGAUAGUGCUAACUUGGUUCAAGCACUUCGAAGCCCAGAACAUGAGUCUAUGCGAGCCGAAACGAUCGAGGUAUUGCGCGAGUCUAGCAAAGCGAUCCUCCCGGCGUGUCAGGAGGCUGCUGCUAUUAUUGAGGAGUCCUUGCACGCGGUGAAUCAACGUUGGAUUGGUCGUUUGUCUCAGGAAAGUCUCAAUGGGUUGCACGAGCGCAGUCAAUCCGCGCUACAGAAUCUUCAAGCUUUGCGUGCAUCGUUCGCAACAGAAACAACCGAACGUUUGAUUGAGACUCACGCGGAUAUAUUUGACGAGAAAGGCGUGCUCAAGUCCCUCGACGGUGAUGCCCUGAGCAGGGUUCAAGGCAUCACCGUUGGAAUGGUCUUUGAGGAGCAGGUUCUCGGUGUUGCUGACUCGUGGGAGCGAGUUUUGGGACAGCUCGUCGCUCUCCUGGGAGAACGCCAGAAGAUCCAUCUGUGGUUACCCAAAGGCUUGCGGUAUGCAGUGAACUGGGUAGGUCGAAAGAAAGCCUUGGGUCCUGUCACUGCGGCCAAUAUCUCAACCGUCGACCCUGAUGUCGCAGAGAAACAGUCCAAAGCGGCACAACAACAUUUAAAUAUCAGCAGGGGAUAUCGUGCUAACCGACGGAGUGGCUUUGGGCGUGCCAUCAUCGGCACUUAUCAUUGGUUCAUUAACGCAGAGGGACUUUAUGCAAUGCGCAUGGUGGCUGUCACCAUCGCACUCUCUAUCCCUGCUGCAAUUCCUGCCACGGCGGGCUUCUAUUACCGUGAGAAAGGACUGUGGGCCCUCAUCAUGGGACAGACGACACUGGUCAUAUACAUGGCUGACUUUACUUUCUCCCUCCUUUCUCGAGCUGCUGGUACCAUUGUUGGUGGACUUCUCGGCUUGGUUGCGUGGUAUAUUGGUUCAGGCCGUGGUCCGGGUAACCCUUACGGUCUUGCUGCGAUCAUGGCUGUUGUCAUCAUUCUUCUUAUGUGGGGACGUCUCUUCGCUUCUCCUGCUAUGCUUCAAGCUACGAUCAUGGCUGGCGCGACCUGCAUUCUGGUCGUUGGUUACAGCUUCGAAGAUACACACAUCCCAACUUACGGCAAUCCCGGAUGGGGAUAUAGUGUCUUCUGGCGACGACUUGUACUUGUCCUCAUUGGAUCCGCAGCCGCCCUGAUAGUCCAGCUGUUCCCGCGGCCACCUUCCGCAUCACGACACAUCUGCAAGUCUCUCUCGAAUGUCAUUCGCUCAUUAUCGGACCACUACGCCCUUCUCCUGUCCUGUUGGGGACAGGGGCGCGAAGAAGGCCUGGCAGCCGAGAAGCUGGCGCUUAACCUCGCUGAGACGCUCAUGGACCUGGACGGACCGAUCGCACUGCUACGCUUUGAAUUCUCCAGCUCACCUUUUGACAGCGACCGUCUCGGCCAGGUGCAAGCGCUGUGUCAAGAACUCAACCAGAACCUCGCUCGCCUCCUUUAUCUUUCUGCUUCUUUGCCCGAGCAUCUACAGGCCCGCAUGGCUCGUAAAGUCGGUCUUCUCAAUCACCACAACAUCGGCGACGUUAUGGCUGUUCUUGCCGUUGUCGAACAAUCACUCAAGACGGGCGAUCCUCUGCCCGAGGUGCUGCCAACACCACUGCUCAACCGUUGCCAUGAAUUCUGGCAGUUGCACCAGGUUGAUAUCAUCCUGAGCAAGGACUUGAUCCGCGACGAGAACUAUCGCCGGUUCUGCGUGGCGAUCAGCGCAUACCUCAAGUUCUUGGCUACGGUGGAUGACCUGGUGCUAGUUAUGAAGGGCACAUUGGGUGAGUCACACAUUGUCAGCCGUGAUCUGGUGCACGAGCAAUAUGGCGUCAAACCACUCCCUACAUACCAAGUCGCCCUAUGGUCCUUCAUAACCUCAUUCUGCGGUCUAUCAGUCGUGCAAGCCAUCUUCCACUACUCGGACUAUUUCACAGCACGCAAUGUGCCAGGUAUAGUUGCAUCCUAUGGCGCAUCCGCAGUCCUUGUCUUCGGUGCAAUUGAAAGCCCUCUCGCCCAACCACGCGCUCUAGUAUUCGGCCACUUCUUCAGUGCCUUAAUUGGCAUCUGUAUCACCAAGCUAUUCAGCCUCAUGCCCGACGAAACGCGCUUCGAGUCCCUGCGCUGGCUCGCCGCUUCGCUCUCAACGGCGAUUGCAAUUGUCGUCAUGCAAUUGACCGGUACCACCCACCCGCCUGCUGGUGCGACUGCUCUGCUCCCUGCAACUAGUGAGGAAAUCUGGCAGCUGUCUUGGUAUUUCUUGCCUGUGAUUCUGCUUUCGUCUACCAUGCUCUUGGCUUGCGCGCUUCUGUUCAAUAAUUUACAGCGGAGAUAUCCUGUGUUUUGGAUCGCGCCUAAUCCACCGAAACCGGCUGUGCCUCCGCCAGCUGCGGUUGAUGUCCCGGGGGAGGAUAAGCCUAAGAAUCCUGUUUGA